CUUAUUUGGUGGGCCUUUUGGCCCAUCUAUAAACACCAACGAAAAUGGUCCAUUCCAGUUGCUCCGUUUUCUUGUAGAGAAAGAAGAGAAUCCUUCUACAUUCACCACUGAGAGAGAAGAAAAGCCUGUGAAGAGAGAUCGAACGAACGAACGAACGAACGAACGAACGAACAAACAAAUGGAUCCAAAGUUCACAGAGGUUUCGCAGACUUUCGAGCGAUUCAAAGCUGCUUUUGUGCGUGAGGAUUUCGAUACUUGCACUAGGUUGCUCUCUCAGCUCAAGGUUCUUCUUACUGCAUUCACGAGCUUGCCGCCCCUAUUCCAAGAAACAUCUAAUGCAAUCGAUGAGCUAACAAUUGCAAGAGAUAUUUACGAGCAUGCAGUUGUUUUAUCCGUGAAGAUGGAGGACCAGGAUGCUUUUGAGAGGGACUUCUUUCAGCUAAAACCCUAUUACACAGAUGCACGUGGCCGACUUGAAUCUUCCCCAAAGGAAUACUCUGUCUUAGGUCUCAACCUUCUGCGGCUCCUUGUUCAGAAUAGGAUUGCUGAAUUCCACACCGAACUUGAGUUACUCUCUCAAAGUGCUUUGGACAACCCAUGUAUAAAGCAUGCUGUCGAAUUAGAGCAAUCCUUCAUGGAAGGGGCUUAUCACCGAGUGUUGAGUGCACGGCAGACUGCGCCUGAUGUAACCUAUGAUUAUUUCAUGGAUCUACUUGCAAAGACUGUGAGGGAUGAGAUAGCUGGAUGCAGUGAGAAGGCAUAUGACCGUCUUUCAACUAGUGAUGCUCGGCAAAUGUUGCUGUUCUCAUCGGAUAAAGAACUACUUCAAUAUGUUGAGCAGGAGCAUCCCGAGUGGGAGAUCAAAGGUGGGUUUAUCAUCUUCCAGAAAGUAAAAGACUCUGUGCCUUGCAAGGAAAUACCGUCCCUUCAGCUCAUCACUCAAACACUCAGCUACGCGAGGGAGUUGGAGCGAAUUGUCUGAGAAGUUAUGCCACUCAGCUCCUUAUGUGAUUUCAAGUUGAACUUGUCUGUUGCUUUGAAUUGAAUUACUAUUCCUUUUGACCUCUAUUACGAAUUAAUGAUGAUGAAAAGGAUGUGUUACCUGGACUAGUAUUUGUAUCUUCACUAUUUUUUCUCAAGUACUCCUUUUGGUUUUGAUGUUUUA